AUGGAGUACGACGAAGAUUCAGAGCAGUUCAUUGAACCCGAGACGAGCGACUCGGACUCGGCGAUUGGCGAUACCAACUCAACUGCCUACACAGAAAGUUUGCGCUCAAGCCUGCUCCAGAGCAUCGAAGAAAAUGGCCGCGGCUAUCACAGAUACCGGGACGGGCACUACUUCAUCCCAGAAGAUGAACAGGAGCAAGAGCGACUGGAUAUGCAGCAUGAGAUAUUUCUGAUCACUAUGAACAGAAGAUUGUAUUAUUCGCCGCUAUCAAGAGACAACUUACACAAUGUGCUUGACAUAGGCACCGGAACUGGCAUAUGGGCAAUUGAUUUUGCCCAUGAUCACCCAUCAGCCAGCGUGAUAGGGACUGACCUCAGUCCCAUCCAGCCCUCGUUUGUGCCUCCAAAUUGCAAAUUCGAGGUUGACGACUACGAGGAACCCUGGACUUUUACGCAGAAAUUUGAUUUUGUACAUGCCCGCAUGUUAGCUGGCUCUAUCGCCGAUGGGACCUCUUUGUUUCAACAAAUAUACAACGGUCUAGCUCCCGGCGGGUGGUUCGAGCUUCAGGAUUUUGCGUUUCCUGUGCGGUCGGACGACGACACCAUGAAAGGCACUGCUUUCGAAGAGCUAAACGAGAAGCUAUGCAAGGCCCUCGACAUGUUGGGCAGAGAUGGCGGACUUGCGGAAAAGUUCAGAAUGCUUAUGCUGAAUGCUGGAUUUGAGAACGUCGUCGAAGUCAAGUACAAGUGGCCACAGAACCAGUGGCCGAAAGCCAAAAAUCUCAAAAAACUGGGCUUAUGGAAUAUGUGCAAUACCUUGGAUGGGUUGUAUGGUUUUUCAGCUAGAUUAUGCACACAGGUAUUGGGCAUGUCGACAGAAGAACUGGAGCUCUUAUUGAUGGCUUGCCGGAAUGAUAUAAGAAAUACCAAGAUACAUGCCUACUGGCCGAUGUGA